AUGCCCAACUACAACGACUCGGCGCCGAUCAACUUCAAGCAGUACGCGGGCUAUCUGGCGCUGCCGUCGAACGGCCAAAAGAUGUUUUACUGGCACGUCGAGUCCCAAGCCAACCCGGCGACCGACCCGCUCGUGCUCUGGCUCAACGGCGGACCCGGCUGCUCGUCGCUCGGCGGCUUCUUCAAGGAGCUCGGGCCGUUCGUUGUCGCGAGCGACCUUAGCAUCAAGCGCAACAAAUAUGCGUGGAACCGCAAGGCCAACAUGGUCUUCCUCGAGUCGCCGGCUGGCGUCGGCUUUAGCUCGCCGCUGCUCAACGCCACCGAGUACAACGACGACGUGACGGCCGACCGCGCGUAUGAAUUCCUCGAGCAGUUUAUCGCUGCGUACCCUGAGUACCGUCAUCGGCCCUUUUACGUCACGGGCGAGAGCUACGCCGGUCGGUACGUGCCCUUCCUGCUGCACAAGAUGGUGACGCACCCGAUCGUCGACGUGACGCUGUCGGGCUUUGCGCUCGGGAACCCGUCGACCGACUACCACAUUGACCACAACGCAUAUGUGGACUACUACUACAGCCACGGCCUCAUCUCGCUCGAAAACUACGACGACGUCCUGACCAACUGCGGCGACGACGUCGGGCGUUGCGUCAUUUCGUCCGACAACUGCACGCAAGCCUGCAACAGCGUGCUCCAGGAAGGCAUCUUUUCCAUCAACGAGUCGGCGCUCAACCCGUACUUUAUCUACGGCGAUGUGUGCCUCCUCGAAAACGGCCAAGCUCGAGCACUGCGCUACCGCAAGAUCCAGCCCAUGCACCGCGGCCCGAUUGGUCCGUGCGCCGACACGUUCACCGAGUCGUACCUCCGACUGCCGCACGUUCAGGCCGCUCUGCACCUGCCGACGUACACCAACUGGUCGGACUGCAACGACGCAGUCACGGGCGUGUACCACAAGAGCGACUCGUCGCUGCAACACUACCCGACGCUUCUCAACGCGAACCUCAAGGUGCUCAUCUACAGCGGCGACGCCGACUCGGUCGUCAACUUCAUGGGCACGCAGCGCUGGAUCGGACCCCUCGGCCUCAAGCUGCACGUCCUCAAGAAGUGGCAUGCGUGGUUUGGCCCGGACAAGCAGCUCGCGGGGUACCGGGAAGAGUACGAUGGCCUCAACUUUACGACCAUCAAGGGCGCAGGACACAUGGUGCCCGCGGUGCGCCCGCUCCACGCGCUCUACAUGUUCGAGUGCUUCGUCUACGGCCAGGACGCCUGUGACACGUUUGCAUACCCCAAGGACAACCUCGAGUACUUGACGGGCGAAGACGUCGAGUACAACGAUAACGACAACGACGACGUUGUGGCGACCUCGUCGACGACCAAGGACGCGAGCACGACGACAUCGGCGUCGGAAGCGCCCUCGAGUGCGGAUUGGAUCGUCUACUCGGCGUUCCUUGUCGGUAUUAUAGCGCUCAUCGCGCUAGUCAUGUACAAGCAAGGGCAUUGGCACAAGACGUAUACGGCCUUGUAAGCUCGGCUAAAAACACGCUGUUUUGUGAUGUCCG